UAAUUUGUUCUGUUCUGUUCUUCAUCUCAUAGAUCUCUCCUCUCUACACUUUCUUCUACAAAAGUGAGCAAAUAAACUUGCCUCUUCGUCUGCUUCGUGAGAUUUCAGAUCCUGUAAAGAAAUUUUAUUAGCUCAAAAGAAUCAUUUUUGGGUUUCUGAACCAUAAAAGCUUCUCUCGACUUUCAAAAACUCUCUCCUUUUUCCUUUUAGCCAUUUCAAGCAGAGAGAUUGAUCGAAGAAGAUAAAAACCUCGUCUUUCUUCAAUCUCAGUGAUUCUCAAAUUACCCAUCGCUUCCUUCUUUUGAUCUCUUUGAUUUCACUUCAAAAAGCAAAGAAAUCUCGAUUAGGUUAUUCCUUGUUUCACCCCAUAAAUUUGCCUCCUUUUUUUUGGUCUCGGGAACUACUCUGAUUUGUUUCAAUCGAUUCUGGAUUUCGGGAUUUGGAUAUAGAGCUCUCUGUUUUUGACAUUGCCUUUGGAACUAAAAUUCUCAGUCUUUGCAUUUUUUUGAUUCAAAAGCUCACUAAGUUUGGGUUUCAGAAGCUAUUACAUUUGGUCUUCGUAAGCGUCCUUUGAAUGCCCUGUAGCUGAAGAUGCAGCCUGAUCACCGCAAAAAGUCAUCAGUUGAGGUAGAUUUCUUCACGGAAUAUGGUGAAGGAAGCAGAUACAGAAUAGAGGAAGUGAUUGGUAAAGGAAGUUAUGGAGUUGUCUGUUCUGCUUACGAUACACAUACCGGAGAGAAAGUUGCGAUUAAGAAAAUCAAUGAUAUCUUUGAGCAUGUUUCGGAUGCAACUCGCAUUCUUCGUGAGAUCAAACUUCUUAGACUCUUACGCCAUCCUGACAUUGUUGAGAUCAAACACAUCUUGUUGCCGCCUUCAAGAAGAGAGUUUCGAGACAUUUACGUGGUUUUCGAGCUUAUGGAAUCUGAUUUGCAUCAGGUUAUUAAGGCAAAUGAUGAUUUGACUCCUGAGCAUUAUCAGUUUUUCCUCUAUCAGCUUCUUCGUGGCCUCAAGUAUAUACACACAGCUAAUGUCUUUCAUCGGGAUCUUAAACCCAAAAACAUAUUGGCAAAUGCUGAUUGCAAACUCAAGAUCUGUGAUUUUGGACUUGCAAGAGUCGCAUUCAAUGAUACACCGACUGCGAUAUUCUGGACUGAUUAUGUAGCUACUCGAUGGUACAGGGCUCCAGAACUAUGUGGAUCUUUUUUCUCAAAGUAUACACCGGCAAUAGAUAUAUGGAGCAUCGGGUGCAUUUUUGCAGAACUCUUAACAGGGAAACCUCUUUUCCCCGGGAAAAAUGUGGUCCAUCAAUUGGAUCUGAUGACGGAUAUGCUGGGAACUCCAUCUGCUGAAGCCAUUGGAAGGGUUAGGAACGAGAAAGCUCGAAGAUACUUGAGCAGCAUGAGGAAGAAGAAGCCUAUUCCUUUUUCACAUAAGUUCCCACAUACUGAUCCUCUUGCUCUUCGUCUUCUAGAAAAGAUGUUGUCUUUUGAACCCAAGGACCGGCCUACAGCUGAAGAGGCGCUUGCAGAUGUGUACUUCAAGGGUUUAGCUAAGGUUGAAAGAGAGCCUUCUGCUCAACCUGUCACAAAGUUGGAAUUUGAGUUUGAAAGGCGGAGGAUCACAAAAGAAGACGUCCGAGAGCUCAUAUACAGAGAGUCUCUGGAGUACCACCCAAAGAUGCUGAAAGAAUACUUGGAUGGAUCAGAGCCAACUAACUUUAUGUACCCGAGUGCGGUGGAACAUUUCAAGAAACAAUUUGCUUACCUCGAGGAACACUACAAGAAUGGUACUUCUCAUAAUCCCCCUGAGAGGCAACAGCAUGCAUCAUUACCAAGGGCUUGCGUAUUGUACUCUGAUAACAAUCAUCCGGUGGCACAACAGAGUUCAGCUGAAGUCACUGAUGGACUCUCCAAGUGUAGCAUUAGAGACGAGAGACCUCGGGGUGCAGACAGGAAUGCCCAGAUGCCAAUGUCGAGAAUUCCUAUCAACGUCCCUCAAACAAUCCAAGGUGCUGCAGUAGCUAGGCCUGGUAAAGUAGUUGGAUCAGUGUUACGCUAUAACAACUGCGGCGCAGCCACAGGCGUUGAAGCUCUUGAACAACAACAGAGAAGGAUGGUCAGAAAUCCAGCUGCUGCGUCUCAAUACCCAAAGAGGACUCAACCUUGCAAAAGCAACAGAGGAGAUGAAGAUUGCGCCACCGCUGCUGAAGGUCCAAGUAGAUUGAAGCCAAACACUCAGUAUAUACCACAAAAAGUGUCUGCAGCACAAGAUACUGCAAUGAGUCGCUGGUAUUAAACAUGAUGUUAUGGUUCUAGUUUUAGCUUUACCACCUCACGUCUCAGGGAGAGCUAAAAAGAGUAUCCCUUUGAGUCAUCCAUUGUGUUAUCAAGAGCCGAAACGUGAAGACAUGCUUAAGAGCGAAAUGAGAGAAGGAAGCGUGAGAAGAUAAAAGAAGUUCUUACAGAUCCUGUCAUGUAAUUUGUCUUCAUAGUUUUGUAUUCUUAAAACAACCUUUGUUUAUCUACGUUGUAACACUUACACUGUCUACGAUUCUUAUAUCCCAUGAACUCAAUCUGUUUCACCUAAUAAUCUGAUAUGCACCAACAAUAAACCCCAAAUUU